AUGAAUUCGCUACUUACAAAAAACAACAAUUUAAUAGAGCAACAGCCAUUAAUAAACAGCACUGAAAACACACUAGACAGCAAAAAUACCACAAAUUUUAGAUAUAUUGUGUCUGAAUGUAUUGACACCAUUAAUGUAUACCACAUUCAACCGGUUAGAAUACAACAAGGCUCUAGUGGUUCUUAUUUUGUCUAUGGCAGAGAUUUAACACAGACAGACAGUGCAACUAAAUACAAAAUAUUAGGUGUUUUCAAACCCAAGGACGAAGAACCAUAUGGUCCGUUAUCUCCUAAAUGGACAAAAUGGUUGCACAGAACUUUUUUCCCCUGUUUUUUCGGAAGAAGUUGUUUAAUACCAAACUUGGGUUAUAUAUGUGAAAGUGCUGCCAGUUUGCUAGACCGAAGGCUAGAAGUUGGUAUUGUUCCAUAUACAGAUACUGUUAUUUUGGAAAGCUCCAAUUUCUAUAGCGGCGGUGCUAGUAGUAACAGUCCUGGUCGUGCAGAUGGAGGUAUAUUUUCAUGCUUUUUUCGCAAUAAAACAUCCCAAGUUCAAAGGAAAUUAGGCUCAUUUCAAUUAUUUGUAAACGGGUACGUUGGUGCGGACAAAUUUUUUCAAGAAUACCCACUACCAGGCAUGUACCUCAAUAAAGAUAGUCGUUUCACUGCAACACCUACUUAUAAACGUAAUAAUAAUAUAGGGUCUAAAUUAUGGACGAUGAAGAAUGGAUCAAUAUUGUUGAAAUUUAGGCUUGAGUUGGAAAAAUUGAUUAUAUUGGACUAUAUGAUGAGAAACACAGAUCGUGGAUUUGAUAACUGGAUGAUUAAACUAAUUAUGGACGAAGAUAGCGGCGAACCAGUAGAUAUUAAGAUUGCAGCUAUAGACAAUGGAUUGGCUUUCCCCUGGAAACAUCCAGAUGAAUGGCGAUCCUUUCCGUAUGGUUGGUUAUAUUUGCCUAUAAAUAUAUUAAGUUUACCGUUUCAUAACAAAACAAAGACUCAUUUUUUAUCGAAGUUGUGUGAUACUAAAUGGUGGGAAGAUUCAUUCCAAAGUUUUACUGAAUUAUUUAGUAGGGAUUCUGAGUUUAAAAUAAGAUUAUGGCUAAAACAAUGGAGUGUUAUAAAGGGUCAGGCAUUUAAUAUUGUGGAAACUUUGAAAAAUAAAGACCAAGGCCCCUUGGAAUUAGUUAGACGAACAAGGUGCGUUAUUAUUGAUGAGCAUAUGGACAUUGAUAUUAUGGAUUCUGAAUUUUUUAAUAAUAACAACAGCACAUAUGGCGGUGGUAUUAUUAAUAUUCCUAACUUAAUAUAUAACGAGGAACAAGUACAACAACAACAUGUUUUAUCAUCACCAAUGAACCUUUACUCUUUACCUUCGUCAUCAAUUGGUGUGGACUAUAUGAACGAGAAUUGGAGACAUUUGUUAGAUGGAGAUAUAGAUGAGGAAACAUGGGCACAGAAUAUAGAAGCAGAGCAACAACAGCAAUGUUACACUAGCGCUGACGGAGAGUUGGAAGAGGAAGAGGAGGAGGGUGCGUAUCAAACACCAGAAGAAGAUUUAAAUUUAGACCAAGAGGUCGCAGAUAUAUAUGACCAAGACCUUGAAAACGCUGCUUUUAAUACGAAUGACGAUACAUGUGCUCUAGGUAUAGAUGAUUUAGCUGAAGCUUGCAUUAAUAAUAAUAAUAAUAAUAAUAAUAAUAAUAAUAAUAAUAAUAACAGUAAUAAUAACAAUAAUAAUAAUAAUAAUAGUUUGCGUAAAAGUGCUAAUAUUGAUAGACCAUUAUUUUUAUCACCAAACAGUAAACGACAACCACUUCACAACGCAAAUAACUAUUCGAGUAUUACAGUGAAAAACAACAAACAGCAGAAACCAAAGAAAAUUAGAGAAAUCGUUAUUAUUGAAAGGUUAAGGUUAAUUACAGCUAAGCCACCAGUUUUCACAUGGUGGUAA